UUUUCAACGUCUUUAGCACAAUUAAGCUCGUAGCUAGCUAAAAUGGCCUAAAACUCAUCCCCUCCCAUUUUCUCAAAAGCCAAAACCUCCUUUGCCAAAACCGCCUUCUCUUGUAUGCAUGGAAUUUGUCAGCCGCACCACCAGCUGUCCAGUUUAUCUCCGUCUCUUGCUAGUCUGCGCCAGCGUCGCUUACCACCUCUCCUUCGGCGGGGAUCGUUUCAAUAACCGUUAGAUCGAAGGGAUCUCCGAUUCCAACCGCUGUCAAAUCAUGUCCAAAGCUCGCGUUUAUGCUGACGUCAACGUCCUUCGUCCUAAGGAGUACUGGGAUUACGAGUCCCUCACUGUUCAAUGGGGUGAUCAAGAUGACUACGAGGUUGUUCGGAAAGUUGGAAGGGGAAAAUACAGUGAGGUCUUUGAAGGCAUAAAUGCCAAUAACAAUGAACGCUGUAUAAUCAAGAUCCUCAAGCCUGUUAAGAAAAAGAAGAUUAAGAGAGAGAUAAAAAUCCUUCAGAAUCUAUGUGGUGGGCCGAAUAUUGUUAAGCUUCUUGAUAUUGUAAGGGAUCAUCACUCCAAAACACCUAGCUUGAUAUUCGAGCAUGUCAAUAGUACGGAUUUCAAAGUUCUCUAUCCUACUUUGACGGACUAUGAUAUUCGCUACUACAUAUAUGAGCUCCUCAAGGCGUUAGAUUACUGUCAUUCACAAGGAAUAAUGCACAGAGAUGUCAAGCCUCACAAUGUCAUGAUAGAUCAUGAGCUGCGCAAACUUCGCUUGAUAGAUUGGGGACUUGCUGAAUUUUACCAUCCUGGCAAAGAGUAUAAUGUCCGUGUGGCUUCUAGGGUGCUCGGAACGGAUGAGUUACAUUCUUAUCUCAACAAAUACCAUUUGGAGCUAGAUCCUCAAGUUGAUGCCCUUGUUGGAAGGCACAGCCGCAAACCCUCGUCCAAAUUCAUUAAUGCAGAUAAUCAGCACCUCGUUUCCCCGGAGGCAAUUGAUUUUCUUGAUAAGUUGCUUCGGUAUGACCAUCAGGACAGGUUAACUGCCAGAGAAGCUAUGGCCCAUCCUUACUUUGCACAAGUCAGGGCAGCAGAAAGCAGCAGGAUCCGGACUCGGUAACCCAUUCCCCGGGAGAGGAAAUCAGAACCGUACUUAUUUGGGGUAAGAC